AUGGAACCGAUGAUCGAUUGGAACGAGGUCCCAGAUAAGCCGGCUAGACAUAGUUCAUACAUGAUAGAAUUGAACGAAGUGCCAUUGACGAAUCACUUGAAUAUAAUGGGUGAUAUUCCAAAAGUCGCUCAAAGACUGAGUACCUUUAGAAUGCAAAGCGGAGCAGGCGAUGAACAAGACACUCAGAUUACCAAUGAGGGCCAGGUGGUUCCACAGGCAACUAAGUUCAAGUAUUUAGGAUCGUUUGUUCAGAGUAAUGGAGAGAUAGACAGCGACGUGGCUCACCGUAUCCAGGUUGGAUGGUGUAGGUGGAGAGCAGCCACGGGGGUAUUGUGCGAUAAGAGGUUCCCUGAUAAAUUAAAAGGGAAAUUUUAUAGGGUUGCAAUUAGACCCUCUAUCGUAUACGGAACAGAUUGUUGGGCCAUCAAGAAAAUGCAUGCUCGAAAGCUAGAGGUAGCAGAGAUGAGGAUGCUAAGAUGGAUGUGUGGGCAUACUAGGUUGGACAAGAUAAGAAAUGAGGUUUUUAGGAAAAGACUAGGAGUCGCUAGUAUUUCAGACAAGAUAAGGGAGGGGAGAUUGAGAUGGUUUGGGCAUGUCAGGAGGAGGCAGACGACAGACCCGAGUAGAAUAGUUGAAACACUCACUGUAGAUGGAAGGAUGAGUAGAGGCAGGCCGAAAAUGACUUGGGAUGAGCGGAUUAGGCAAGAUUUGCUAGAUUUGCACCUCUCUGAGGACAUGGUCGAGGACAGAACUUCGUGGAGACGUAGGAUUAAGGUUAAGGACUUUUAGGAUUGUGGCCUGGUUUUUGGUUUAGGUUCUCGUCUUAUGAGUUUAAUUUUUCAGUUUGUAUAAGGUGUGAUAUAGCUUUUAUAAGUUCUCACAUAGUCCUGGUGUCGUAAUUUUACUAACACGUACUUAUUCAUUUAUGUGUUUAUUUUUAUUCCCCCCUUUUUAGUAGUUGUGUGCUUAUAUAAUGUCCCAGAAGCUUAUGUCUUGAUUAUGGUUUAUAGAGCCGGGGGUCUCACUGGAAGCAGCCUCUCUAUCCCUGGGAUAGAGGUAAGGCUUGCCUACAUCCUACCCUCCCCAGACCCUAUCAAUAGCUCUGCUAUAGGUGGGAUUAUACUGGGUAUGGUUGUUGUUGUUGUU